UGUCUCUCAAAAAUAAAUAAACACUGAAAAAAAUUUAAAAAAAAAAACCUGUAGUACUGGCAUAAAGAUAGACUUAAAGACCAAUGGAACAGAAUAGAGCCCAAUAAACCCUCGCAUAUAUGAUCAAAUGAGCUUCAACAAGGGUACCAAGAACAUACAAUAGGGCAAGGACAGUCUCAACAAAUGGUGGUGGGGAAACUGGAGAUCCAAACGCAAAAGACUGAAGUUAGACCUUACCUUACGCCACAUACAAAACUUAACUCAAAACGGAUUAAAGGCCUAAAUGUGAGAUCUAAAACUAUAAAACUCCUAGAAGAAAACACAGCGAAAAGUUUCGUGACAGUGAAUCUGGCAAUGAUUUCCUGGAUGUGACACCAAAAGCACGGGUAACAGAAGCAAAAGUACACAAAUGGGACCACAGCAAACGAAGACUGCCUUCAAAGGGAAGCCGCCUCUGCCGCUCAGGCACCCUCGCCCACACUCCUCGCCCCGGCACCUGCCUCAGCCUCGGUAAGGGGCUCCCCACAGUCAGCUGAAGGCUGCCCCAGAGAGUCCUAAACGCAGUUGUCCAGACACUGGACUUCUCAGAAACAAGGCGUUCUCCUAUGAGGGAAUUUCAGUUUCUCUUUCCUUCUCGGCACAAGUCCAGGGAAGGGACUCGUCAGAGGCCCUUUCUCUGCGGCUCAGGCGGCCUCGCCCACACCCACGUGCUCACCUGCUUCAGCGACCGGCUCUGCCUACUUAGGCCUUUUCAGGCCCAGUGGAGAUUCCAAUUUCCACUUGCCUUUUCACUUUACAUACAUCAGCUGGGAUUGCCCAGCGAGCCUGGCUAAAAGCGGAGCCAUGCGGCCGGGGAAGCAGUCGAGAUCGGGCCAUGGCUCCAGCUUGGGUUGUGGUGCUGGUGACCGCGGUGCUGGGCUUGACCAGCGCGGGCCCUGUCCCCACUUCCAGGCCCCCCCCAACCAGGAGGGGCUGCCACGUGGGCCAGUUCCCAUCUCUGUCGCCGAGGGAGCUAGAAGCCUUCAAGAAGGCCAGGGACGCCUUAGAAGAGUCACUCCCGCUGAAGAACUGGAGCUGUGGCUCUCGCCUCUUCCCCAGGACCAGGGACCUGAUUCGACUGCAGGCCUGGGAGCGCCCCGCGGCCUUGGAGGCUGAACUAGACUUGACGCUGAAGGUCCUGGGGAACAUGACCGACUCAUCCCUGGGCGUCGUCCUGGACCAGCCCCUUCGUGUGCUGCGCCACAUCCACUCCGAGCUCCAGGCCUGUGUCCGGGAGCAGCCCACGCCAGGACCCAGACCCCGCAGCCGCCUGCACCACUGGCUGCACCGGCUCCAGAGGGCCCCGGAGGAGUCCCAGGGAUGCCUCGAGGCCUCCGUCACGUUCAACCUCUUCCGCCUCCUCACGCGGGACCUGAAGUGUGUCACCGGUGGAGACCUGUGCGUCUGAAAACCUGGACCCGACCCCAGCCCGUCCGGGACCCAGACCUUCUGUAUGCACCAGGCCUCAUCCUUCCUUAAGUUAUUUCCUUUCAAUCCCUUAUUUAUGGACCUGCAGCCCCGCUCCAUAGCCAUAAGAAAUGUUUAUUUUUCUACUUUUGUGCAAUGUGCAGCAAAUAAACAGUAAGGAAGAGAGAAAAAAAAAAGAGCCAACUACUCUGGAGAUGGAGAGAACAGAGGAACAUGUUAAACAACAGUGGGAGCUGCAAUCGGCAAAGUGCAGACUCUAGCGAACUCUAAAGGACUAAAAAUCCAGCUUGACAAAAACAUUUCAAGGAAAAAAAAGAGAAAGGGUCCCUACACGCUACAGGAACAGCUUUGAGGGUAACGGUGAUUUAAAGGUCUAUCCACGAAAUGCAAUGUGGAGACCUUAUUUGAGCCCUGAUACAAACUGUUUUUAAAAUAUGAAUUUAGGGGCACCUGGGUGGCUCAGUCGGUCGAGCGUCCAACUUCGGCUCAGGUCAUGAUCUUGCAGUUCGUGAG